AUGGCCUUCAACUUCAACUGGUCGCCGCUCAUAGCCGACACGGAACGCGUGCGGGACAUGCUCACCAGCGCUCUGAACAAAUCACCGAAGCCUCCGAUCAUCGUCGACGACAUCAUCGUGAACGAGUUGAACUUGGGCUCUACACCGCCAGAGUUGGAGAUAUUGGAAAUUGGAGAUCUGGCGGAGGAUCGAUUUCGCGGAAUCUUCAAAAUGAGCUAUACGGGAGAUGCAUACCUCACACUCAAGACCAGAGUACAAGCCAAUCCUCUGAAUACAUAUCUCUCCACAAAACCGUCAUUCGCAAGCAUCACAAUCGUCUUCCGCAACGACCCGCUCGAAAAGCUCAAGGUAUCCUCAACCUUCGAUACAAUACCCUUCGUUCGCGAUUACCUGCAGAAGACGAUCGAAAACCAGCUGCGAGUACUCUUCAUGGAAGACCUGCCGGCGAUCAUCCACCGACUGUCGUUGCAAAAGUUCAGCCCAGAAUAUCAGACAGCAGAUCUUUUAGAACCCAGGAAUGAGGACGAAAGAGCUGUGGAUCCACUCGCCAGUCCGUCGCAGUCGGCUGUACACCUCGAUGACGAUGAUGCUUCAGGAUACUCCCUUGAGUCUGCUGCAGAGACAUAUGCAUCUUUCUCUCAGAAGAAUAUGGUACGGCUAGCAGCUCUCACCGAGAGCCAGCGAACGUUGAGCCUGUUCACGCCUAGCAUUCGAGAUACAGUCUACCGUGCAUGGGCAACGGCAGCAAAUCGCGAUGACACCACAAAUGGCACGAAUACACCCACUCGACCAUUUACGCUAUCACGACUGCAGUCCUCACUGGCUUCACACAGCACAAUGUCAGCUGCAACAUCAGUAGUAUCAGGAAGCGGCUCCGACGCCACACGACCCAGCAUCGUCAGCACUGCAUCUUCAGCAACGGUGUAUAGUCUCGGCACCGGUGCACCACGCUCAAGACCUGGCAAAAAGCGAAAGAAUCGCAUCGUCAACCUCCGUAAACCGAAAGACAAAGACUCUACCGAUCCGUCCGAGACCGCAUCCCAAUCGCAAGGAAGCAGCUACGACGACAGCGGAACGCGCAGUAAUUCUGGUCGCUCCGCCCGCUCAAGCGUCGUGCGAAGCAAUACUGAAGUCACCACGGCGCCCUCCAGCGGUCUCCGUGAAGGCGAAAUCAGCACGCCACCUCGGAGUCCUCCUAAGAAGAAUGUCGACUUCAAAGACUUCGCCCAACCGACUGAGCGCAAAUCACGACCCACCACACCGCGCGACCUGCAGCAAGCUCCGCCCGCCAUCCGCGAUCCGGACCGCACACCUCGCGCUUCCAUGGUGCAGCCUGAGAAGCCCUCCGUGUAUCAACAGCCUCCCGCUCGACCUCGUAUGAACCACCUCCCUCGCAUGCAACCUUUUCCUUCUCGCUCGCCUUCACCUGAAAUCACGCGGAGGUCAUCAUCGACUGAAGCGAGGAGGUCGUCCAGUGAUGUCAAUAUUCAGAAGCUAGUGCAGGCUUUUGGAGAAGCGGGCACUGGAGGCGGGAUUUUGGAGCAAGCUUGGAUGCAAAAGAUGGCGGUUGAGAUCGCGCGGAAGGUGGAGAGCGAGAGAGCGAAGGGGAGAGGGGGCGGCAUAUCAUCGAGGGAGGAUGCUGACGCGCCGCCGCCGGCAUACGUCUCUUGA